AUGUUGACAUACUUUUUGGUGGCGGUGAUCAUGUUCCCCUUCCUGAUCACCAACCUGACUUUUUGGUUCUGGAUCGUGCACGUGCUCUGGUUCGACCUGGACCUGUCUACAAACAAGAACAAUCAGUUUGUGCAGCUGCUGCACGCGCUCAGCUUUGUCGGCUCGUACAUCGUCAUGGUGACGGCGACCGUGCUGCUGGUCAUCCUCAACCCAGACUUCAUCGCCGAGCGAGCCCGCCUCGAGCACCACUCGGUCGCCUUUGCCUGGGCGCUCAACAUCCUCAUCCACUACGUGCCGCCCGUCAUCCUGACCGCGGACCUGCUGUUGUCCACCGAGCACAUUAGGAAGCGACAUCGUAUACAUCUAAAUUAUCGAGGCAACAAUUCAAGACGAUCGACACGUAUGAUUAGAGAUGCACUCAAGGUUGUAUGGGCGUAUGGUGCACCCAUUGGACUCGUGGGUAUCUGGCUGGCGGCUGGCUUCACCAUCGAGGGUGUCUAUGGCGUCACCAACUACAAGAGUGAUGGCCCUCGGGUAGGUACGGCCAAGGUCCCGGGUCCAUUCACAAAGCCAACCGACCGACUGAGUGAAGAUGGCUGGAUAGUUGGCCGUGGACAAGAUAGCCGUUCAGUUCAUACCAACGCUGUUCAAGCCUAG